AUGUUUGCACUUAAGAGAUCGUCUAGUUUAUUUUCAACUUUAUACAUAUCAUCAGCAUCAUCUUAUGCUCCUACUGCAGCGAUUGGUAGUAGUUUGAUAACUGGUAGUCUUUAUAAUAGUCAAUCAACAUCAACAACAACAACAUAUAAUAAUAUAUUCAGAUCGUAUUGUAGUACUACUACUACUGCAUCAUUGGAAGCAACAACUCAAUCCAACAACAUUGAAAACACCAUUCCAAAAAAGAAAAAGAUCAAACAAUACAAACUAAAUACAGUAUCACCACUUAAAUAUCCAAUAGUGAAUACAAUCACCAACAUCAACACUGUCAAAGCACUUGGAGGAACAGAAAAUUUACCAUUCCACUUUGAAAGAACUGAUAGUGGUCGUUUAGGUGUUUAUAGUGAUAUUAUUAGAAGUAGAAACUGUCAAGAGACUGUUGUUCGCAAAUUCUCUGGCAACGCCGACGAAAUCAUCUCUGAAAUCAAAAAUAUAAUUGGACAAGAUGUCGAUAUUCAACAAAGAGAAUCAUCUAUAGUCAUAAAAGGAAAUUAUACUCAACCCAUAGUUUUAUGGUUAGUUGCUCUAGGUUUCUAA